CCUACUUGCUAUGAGAUGGUAUGACACAAAAAGGAAAUUUUGCUUGAAUCUUGAAGUGGUUGUGUUUCCGAAAACAAAAGAAAAAUACAAACAAAGUUGAGAGUAUAAAGAAAAUGUGUAAAACAUAAAAUUACUGUGUCAAGUGGUUUUACAUCGAAAAGUUUGUGAGUGAGGCUUAACGAAAAUAUUUCAAGGAAAAUCCAUCUAAAGCCUAAAAUCUUGGCGAGAAGUGGAGGCAAAAAAUGGGUGUUGCUGCUCUGCUACAAACACUGGCAACGACAACAACAACAAAACUGGCAGCGCAUCACAAACAUCAGCAGCAGCAGCAGAAAAAUAGAAACAAAUUUACAAUCAAACAGCAAAAAAAAAGGCAAUGCCAAGUGUCAAAUAAUUAGUGUGGUGUGGUGUGUUGUUGCCCAUAGGCUUGUUGGAGUCCCCAAAGGCCUUGUCAACAGAUGCCAAAUAAUAAAGAAUAAUAUUACAAUCAUUGGAUAAUUUGGAGUUUGUGAGUGUGUGUGUGUGGAAAAGAAGCAAGGAUCUCCAAAGUGACGUCUUAAAAUUACCAGCAACAAAUAUAAGUAUUGUACUUUGGAGUAGAAAAAAGCAGUAUUGCGAUUUCCAAGAAAAAGAUUGCCAAAGAUUGAUAUGUAGAGGUUUGAUAACCAACUGUGUCACUCCCUUGACAAAUAAUUAAUAAUCACUAAUAUAACAUCACAAUAUAUUUAUAAUUAUUUAUUGUUCUAUAUAUUCUUGAGUGUCCGUCUUGUCGUUGUCGUGUUUAUUUGCCGUUGUCGGUUGGUUGUGUCGUCUUCGUCGUCAUUAUAAAUAUACGUAAUUUCGUCAUUGUUGCCGUUGUUGUUGUUGCAUUGUGUAGCAAACAAACUCUGUUGUACAUCAAAGCCUUGCUCUCCCUCUCUGGCGCUCCUAUCGAACGCAUACAAAAUAACUCGAGCGCCAAAGCGAUCUGCAGUAUUUUGUAUUAGAUCAAAAUAUAUAUAAUUUCUUGUUGUUGUGUGCAGCUUGAAGCAAAAAAAAAAGGAAAGAAAAUUUUAUGCCACAAAAAUUAAUAUUUUACAAUUGGAAAAUGAUUUUAUGCGUUCUAUUUUAAUAUCUAUCCUCUCCUCUGUUCCUUUUGGUGUUGUGCGUGUGUGUGUGUGUCUGUGUGCGUAGGUCCUUUGUGCUCUGUUUUAUUACGCCGCCAACGUUUGCCGUGUGUUAUACAGCUGUUUUUGAAAAAAAAGAAAUCGCCGCAUCUACGCACUCUCGUGUUUGUUCGUUUAAUUGUGUGGAUCGUCAUUGCCGCCAGCUGAAAUUUGAACGAUCUUGUUUCGUGCUGCCAAACUUUGUCCUUUCGCCUGUGUAAACAGGCCAAAGGCAAGCAGUAAAAUACUUUGUUUUGUUUUUAAAUCGGUCACCGCUGCCGUUAAGGAAUUUGGAAUUCCUUGCGCAGACCAUAGAGUGUGCCCGGUGUACAUUCAAGUGCCAGUAUAAAAAUGCCGCCUGCACUCAUAAAUAUUGCAGAGUUCGUUGAGGAAACUCGAGAUGAUUACAAUUCACCAACAACAUCGACAUUUGCAUCUCGUAUGCCAGAAUGUCGACAAACGAUAGCAGUUCUGGAGGAGCGUUUGGAAUUCGACCGUGAAGGACUAACAAAAUUGAAGAAAGCAGUCAAGGCCAUACACAAUUCGGGAAAUACUCAUGUGGACAAUGAAAUGUUUCUGGUAAGAGCCCUUGAACGUUUAGGUGGCAAGGUAAUCGAUCAGGAUGAACCGGAUAUUGGGGCGGCAUUUCUUAAAUUCUCCGUGGUGACAAAGGAGUUGAGUGCAUUGAUGAAAACAUUGAUGCAAAAUAUCAACAAUAUUGUCAUGUUUCCGGUCGACUCAAUGCUGAAAAGUGAACUGAGAGGUGUCAAGGGCGACAUGAAGAGGCCCUUUGACAAGGCUGCCAAAGAUUAUGAAGCUAAAUUCAUUAAAAUCGAGAAAGAGAAAAAAGCUCAGGCCAAGGAGGCAGGCAUGGUGCGAACAGAAAUCGAUGCCGCCGUUGUAGCCGAAGAAAUGGAAAAGGAAAGACGCCUCUAUCAGCUGCAAACAUGUGAAUAUUUAUUGAAAUAUAAGGAAAUCAAAACAAAAACUGGCAUCGAGCUGCUGCAGCACUUCAUCGAAUACUAUCAUGCAUUGAAUAACUAUUUCAAGGACGGCCUGCAAACAAUCGAACACUUUGGCACAUACAUCAGUGAUUUGAGCGAUAAGUUGCAUAAAAUCAAACAACGGCAAGAUGAGGACAGACGCAGUUUACUCGAGCUGCGAACAUUGUUGCGUAGCACACCCGACUUUGAGCGUGUGGAAAAUGUGCCCACGGACAAGGGAGGAGGAGGAACGGGAUAUUCACUGCAUCAAUUACAGGGAGAUAAACAUCAUGGUGUCACACGUUCCGGCCAUCUCCUAAAGAAGAGUGAGGGCAAAGUCCGAAGGGUAUGGCAAAAGCGACGAUGUCGAGUUACCAGUGAUGGUUUUCUCGAUAUAUGUCAUGCCGAUGAGACGAAACCGCCAACACGUGUAAAUUUGCUCACAUGUCAAAUAAAACCAGUACCGGAUGAUAAAAGAGGGUUUGAUUUAAUCAGUUACAAUCGUCCAUAUCAUUUUCAAGCGGAGGAUGAGUCCGACCAAAAGGCCUGGAUGGCUGUUUUGGUGAAUUGUAAAGAAAAAGCUUUAGCUAAGGCAUUCCAGCAUGCAAAUCCACAAAUGAGUCCUAGCUUAGUGGAGUUACAAAAGACUGUUAUCAGAUACGUCCAACUAUUGCCGGGCAAUGAUCAAUGCUGUGAUUGCGGUUCACGCAAUGAUGUUACCUGGAUAAGUCUGAAUUUUGGCAUUCUCGUUUGUAUACAAUGCUCAGGCGUUCAUCGUGAUCUCGGUGUUCAUCAUUCACGCAUACAAAGUUUAACGCUGGACAAUUUAACAACGGCCAAUCUGUUGAUAGCACGUGCCAUGGGUAAUCAUGCUUUAAAUGAAAUUAUGGAAGCAACCUUGGGAAAGGGUAAACUCACACCAGACAGUACAAUGGAACAACGUUACGAUUUCAUACGCGCCAAAUAUGUGGCAAAACGUUAUGUGAUGCGCACCUGUGCCGAUGAGAAUGAUUUGCGUUGUGACCUCGAACAGGCUGUGGCCAAUGCCGAUAUGAGUCAACUGCUACAAGUAUGGGCCGAGGGUGCUGAUCUCACAUGUUGUCUGCCCUCCUGGGAUGAUGGUGUUACGGCUUUGCAUUUGGCUGUUCUGCGGGAGACUGGUUGUACGCUACACAUUGUGGAUUUUCUUAUACAGAAUAUGCCACCGAAGGGUUUGAACAGAGUUACCAAUCCACCCAGUAUUUUAAAUGUGACGGGCAAAAAUUCCGCCUUGCAUUUGUGUGCUUCACAUGAUAAGCGUGAAUGCAUAAAACUCUUGUUGCGCUCGGGAGCCGACUAUGAAUUACGCAAUUCGCAGAACAAGACCGCUUUGGAUAUAGCCAAAGAGAUGGGCCACAAUGUGUGCAAGGAGUUGAUUGAGUGUGCCAUGCGACGUGAGAAGAGUGCUUUUGAUCAUAUUAACACAGAUUGGAAUUUACCAAAUGAAGAUGGAUCUACAGAUUUCUCGGACGAUGAUACGGUUAUAGAUGAACGAAAGCGUUCUCGUCCUCCCAGCUUUGCCGGUGGUGAUUCGCCGGUUUUACGUUCACGUUCCUCAACUUGUGAUUCAAUACAAAGUAGUUCUAGUCCCAUAGCGAAUUGUCCCAGCCGACAAUUUGCAAUGCCCAUGUAUCAACAAUCGGCUGGCACCUCGCCAAAACAACAAAUGUCUUUGGGUCAGUAUUUGGGUAGCGCUGGUAAUAUCAAUGCUGCCGUUGCCAGUGUUGUCGGUGGUAGUAGUAGUGCUGUGGGUGGCGGUGGUUCAAGUCCCAGUUCAGCGUCCAGUCAAAGUGGACGUUUGGCAUCGAGAAGUAACAGUGAGUUUGGUGGCGGAGCAAGAAAAUCCACAUCAACAGCAAAUAUGAAUUCACUGAAGAAACGUACGGCGCCAGCACCGCCGCCCGGCACAAGUUCAUCUUCUGCAUCGAAUUUCUAUGGCACCUUGCCGCAUCCACCAAGGCAUUCGCAAAACUUCGAUUCAAAUGAUAUACGAACGCACAAUCAUAAAAAUCAAUCAAUGGAUGCCGCGUCCUAUGGUACCCUGCCCCUGUUGCGCUCUGUCGACAGCAGUCCACGUAUAAUGGGCGGUCACAAUAGCUCCACAUCACAUGGUGGUGGUAGUGGUGGUGGCUUUUAUGAACGCCUAGAUAAGCUUGUCUCUCAGGAUCCCAAUGGUGGUCCAACGGGCCAUCACAUAAUUCCAGCCAUGACCACAUUCGGUCACAAACGUUCACCCAGUGGAGAAUCGUUGAAUCGUAAUUUGCAUUUGGCGGGAGCGAAAUUAGUACUGCCACCAGCGGGAGAGAUACCAAUGUUGAAGCAUGUGGAUAAAUCGGCAUUGGCGCGACCAAAAAUACCACCUCCCGGACCUCCACCAGAGCGAGAAAUUUCCAAUGGGCAAUCCAAUGAAAGUAUUAGCUCCAUAGACGAGGGACCCAUUGCGCCACCCCGCAAGCGCAAACAUAAUAAAUUAUUGAAAUUAUCACAACCCAGUGAAGAAACGCUAAUGAAUCAGUCAACCAAUUACACCGAAUAUGAGUCAUGGAACACUGAUAUGGACUCUUCAGGUGGUGGUCUAGACCAUUCGGCCGAUUCGAAUUUAUCAUCGAGCGAUAACGAUCGGAUUAACUCAUCGCCCGAUAAUCUUUUAAAAGGCCCCAGCGGUAGCGGAGGGGGAGUGGGAGGUGGUGGUGGUGGUAUUGGUGGAGGCGUCAGCGUAAGCUCUGGCAAUAAAUUUAACUAUGCGGGCCAUCGACGUUGUCGUGCUUUGUACGAUUGUUCAGCCGACAAUGAUGAUGAGUUGGAAUUCAAAGAAGGCGAGGUAUUAAUUGUUCUCAAUGAACGAACAGACGAUGAGAACUGGAUGGAAGGAGUUAUAGAGGGUAAUCCUGCGAGGCAUGGCAUGUUUCCCGUAAGUUUCGUCCAUAUGCUACCCGAUUAAGUAAUAACACAACAACAACUACUACAACAACAACAACAAACGAAACCACAACAAUAUUUGGGUUAGCCUUAUUAAAUAACAUGGUGUAAAUGUAGAGAAUAAAAAUCCAACCAAUAUCAUAUAGUAUCAAACUCAAAACAAGCAACAACAACAACAACAACAACAAUAACACAAAACAAUCGUUACAAAUAAUCGUAUGAAGAUGAGACAAAUUAAUAAUGAUGUUGUAAUUUAAACCAAGACAAAGUAGUUGUUCUCUUUUAGUUUUUGUUUUAGAUGUAAUAAACAAAACAAAACUAAUUUUGUUCCGCUCCAAAAUUUUACUCAAGGUUAUUGUGUACCAACGUACAUUCAUGUAUUUCAUAAAUAAUGUUUUAUAACAAACAAACAAACGCAAACGUAUUAUAUGAUGUAAUUAUUAUUAUUAAUAUUAAAUAUAUAUGCCUAAAGAAAGAAUGAAAGGAAAAGAAAACACAAAAAAUUAAAAAAAAAACAUAAUUUUAUUAAAUUAUCAUACUAUUUAUUUCUUUUUACCCUCAAUCUACCAAAAGAAGUAUACAAAAACACACCAUAUAUACAUGUGUGUGUAUAUGUGAACACCUUUUAUUUCUAUAUCCUGUUUGUUUUUGUACAUAUUAUUUUUGUAUAGCGUUUUUCUAUAUAAUACUUUCUUUUCCCGAUUUCUUUUUGUUUUUAACUUUAGAGAUUGUCCUUAUACUCUCUAUAUAUUGACACUCACUGUAUAUUGUAAAAUAUUGCUUUAUUAAGAAUGAUAUACAACUAAACUAAAAAAAAACAACAACAACAACAAAAAACUCAAAUCACAAACAAAACAAAGUAACAAACAAAAAACACCUCCUAUGUAAUGUUUUUGAAAAAUUGCUAUGCUAUAUACCUAUAUAUAUAUAUAAUAUACAAAACAUACCUAUAUUCAUGUAUUUCAUAAAAUUGAACUAAAAUCAUAAUCACAAUUGAAAAACUAAUUUGGAAUUGCUUAAAAAUUAAACAAAAAAAAUAGAAAAGAAUUGAUAAAAUAUCGUAUUGUGUAGUAGUUAUUAAUGAUUUAAAGUUUCUACUUGGGGAAUGUUAUAAAUAUUCAAAUGGAAAUAAAUUUAACAAAUAGCAGUUUGUAAAUGUUUAUAUAUGUAUGUGUGGGGCAAACGUAAGCAAUGGCUGCAAGUGGG